AUGUUUUUACCAAUCAAGAAAUACGAAAUUAUAACAGAGCUGUUACUAGUCAAAAAUCAAUUAGGGCAGGUGGAAAACAUAAUGAUCUUGAAAAUGUUGGUUAUACUGCAAGACAUCACACAUUUUUUGAAAUGUUGGAAAUUGGGAAUAUCAGCAGAAAAAUUAUAUGUAACUAUAUAUCAUAAUGAUGAUGAAUCUGCUAUAUAUUGGCAGAAAAUUGCUAACCUUAGCGAUGAACGUAUUAUUAGAAUAAAGACUAAUGAUAAUUUUUGGUCGAUGGGUGAUAUUGGUCCUUGUGGUCCAUGUUCAGAAAUUUUUUACGAUCAUGGAGAUCAUAUAAAGGGGGGAUUACCUGGCACUAAGGAUGCAGAUGGUGAUCGUUUUAUUGAGAUAUGGAAUAUGGUAUUUAUGCAAUUUGAGCAAUUGGGCCCUAAUAACAGAAUUACAUUACCAAAAAAAUCUAUUGAUACUGGUAUGGGCUUAGAACAAGAUUUAAUGAAGGUAAAGGCGGAAGGAGAGGCUAAAUUUUCUUAUCGUGUUAUCGCAGAUCAUUUACGUGCUAGCGCUUUUCUUAUUGCUGAUGGAAUUAUCCCUUCUAAUGAAGGACGAGGUUAUGUACUAAGACGUAUUAUGCGUAGAAUAGACUUAAUGGGAGAUACUUAUCCUGAACUUAAAAGAGCAGAGAAUUGUAUAAGUAAUAUAUUAAAACAGGAAGAAUUAAGGUUUAAAGUAACUUUAGAACGUGGUCUUAAAUUACUUGAUGCAGAAACAAUAAAUCUUAGUAAAGGUAAGCAACUAUCUGGAGAAGUAGCCUUCAAAUUAUAUGAUACAUAUGGUUUCCCACUUGAUUUAAUUGAAGAUAUAUUAAAAAACAAACAAAUUGCAGUUAAUGUGAAUGAUUUUAAUAUCAAAAUGCAAGAACAGAGAGAAAGGGCAAAAAAAUCUUGGUUUGGUUCUAGUGAAUCUAAAGCUGAUAAAAUUUGGUUUGAUAUUAAAUCAAAAGUUGGAAGUACAGAGUUCUUAGGUUACACAUUAAAUGAAGUUGAUGGUAGAGUACUAGUUUUAGUUAAAGAUAAUAUUUUUGUAGAUGAAAUAGUAACUGUAGAUGAACAAUUUAUUCUUAUUAGUAAUCAAACUCCAUUUUAUGGUGAAUCUGGAGGACAGAUGGGUGAUAUAGGAAAUAUACAAUCCAUCAAUAGUAAAAUUAAAGUAAUUAAUACCAUUAAAUAUCUUGGUUCUAUUAUUGCUCAUAUAUGUCUUUUAGAGGAGGGAAAAAUUGAGGUAGGAGAUAAUGCUCAUUUUAAGAUUGAUAUAAAAUAUCGUAAUAAUUUGAAAAUUCAUCAUUCAGCGACUCAUAUACUACAUUCAGUAUUACAUGAAGUUCUUGGUAAACAUGUAAUACAAAAAGGUUCGCUUGUUGCGCAUGACCAUUUACGUUUUGAUAUUAGUUAUCAUACUUCUUUAUCCAAAACAGAGAUUAUUUUAAUAGAAGAUAAAGUAAAUCAAAUUAUUACUAAUAAUUAUCAAGUUGAUAUAACAUUAAUGUUUGCUGAUGAAGCAAUUGAGAUUGGUGCUAUAGCGUUAUUUGGUGAAAAAUAUGAUAAUGAAGUAAGAGUUGUUUCUAUGGGAGAAAGUAUAAAUGGUAAAUCAUAUUCUCUAGAACUAUGUGGAGGAACACAUGUUAAUAGAACCGGUGAUAUUGGAUCCUUUAAAAUUAUUAGUGAGAAUGCUAUUGCAGUAGGUGUUAGGAGAAUAGAAGCAGUAAGUAGUUUGACUAUAAGUAAAAAAGAAUUAGAAAAAGAAUUAAUGAAGUUGCAAAUUGCUUUGCUAAAUUUGGAUAUAGAUCAACUCGAACAUAAAUCUACAGAUAUAUUGGGCAUAAAACUUAUAUAUAAAGUAGUACAAAAUCUUGAUAAUAAAGUACUACGUUUAGCUGCAGAACAAUUGGCAAAUAAAAUAAAUAAUCUGGUUAUAUUAUAUGUAAAUAAUUCUUCUAACAAAUUAUCAAUUACUAUAGCAGUUAGUAGAGAUAUUAAUAAUAUAUUGAAUGCGGGAAGUUUAGCUAAAGAACUUUCUAUAUUUUUAGGUGGGACUGGUGGUGGUGGACAGAAUACUAUUGCGCAAGCUGGUGCUUUGUUUGUUCUUUCUGCUUGUAAUAUGACAAAAAGGUCGCAUCCUCCUUGUCAUGAAGAGGCUGUAAUACCAGUUGAAGAAUGUUCAUUAGCGGCUGAUUUCGAAAGAAAUGUUGGUGAUAGAGUAUUUUUUGGGUAUAAUAAGUAUGAUCUUUCUCAUGAUUCUAAGACACUUUUAUGUAAACAAGCAGCUUGGUUAAAGGCUCACCCACAUGUAAGAGCUACUAUAGAAGGGCAUUGUGAUAAAAGAGGUACAAGGGAAUAUAACUUGGCUUUAGGUUCAAGAAGAGCUAAUGCUGUGUAUGAAUUCUUAAUACAUCAAGGAAUUUCAGCAAAUAGGUUAGAUACUAUCUCUUAUGGUAAAGAAAGACCAGCUGUUGAAGGUGAUAAUGAAAUGGCUUAUAAGCAAAAUCGUAGAGCUGUAACUGUAAAUCAAAGCCAAUAA